CAUUGAUAUACAUAUUUUUCUUCAAAAAAAAAAAAAAAAAAUGGUAAUCAGUGUCUUGUCUCUAUAAAUUAGGAUACUCUGCUCUUUCAAAAUCAUCUCUCUCACUCUCAAUCACUCACUCUGUCUGUGGCGAUCCUUCAAGUUCUUCACUUUUCUCUGUACUUUUCCGUGCAGAGAUCAUAGUAAACUAUUAGCUUCCAACCUACGAGAUCUUCUUCAUCACCAGAUUUCUCUUUCACCCUUUUCAUUUUAUCCUUUGUUAGCUUAAUUCUUCGGAUUUUCAGUCUGAGGCCAUUCCAUUUCAAUACACACAUACAUAGCACACCCUUUUUCAGUGUCAGAUUAUUAUUAUUUACUUUUCAGUGAGAGAGUGAGAAAACAAAGUGUGAGAGGGGAUGACUACUAACAGUAAUAAGAACCUUGAGAAGAUGGCUUCAAUUGAUGCUCAGUUAAGGUUGCUGGCACCGAGUAAGGUUUCUGAUGAUGACAAGCUUGUUGAAUAUGAUGCUUUGUUGCUCGACCGUUUCCUUGACAUUCUUCAGGAUUUGCAUGGGGAUGAUAUCAGAGAAACGGUUCAAGACUGUUAUGAGCUUUCCGCUGAGUAUGAAGGGGAGAAUAACCCCCAAAAGUUGGAGGAACUUGGGAACAUGCUAACUGGUCUUGAUGCUGGGGAUUCUAUUGUGAUUUCAAAGUCAUUUUCUCACAUGCUUAAUUUGGCCAACUUGGCUGAAGAAGUUCAAAUUGCAUAUAGAAGAAGGAUUAAGCUGUUAAAGAAGGGUGAUUUUGCUGACGAGAAUUCUGCUAUCACUGAGUCAGAUAUCGAAGAGACCUUCAAGAGGCUUGUUAAUCAACUGAAGAAAACUGCUCAAGAAGUCUUUGAUGCUUUGAAGUGCCAAACUGUAGAUUUGGUCCUAACUGCUCAUCCUACUCAGUCUGUUCGUAGAUCUUUGCUGCAAAAGCAUGGCAGGAUAAGGGAUUGUUUGACACAGUUGUAUGCUAAAGACAUAACGCCAGAUGAUAAGCAGGAGCUUGAUGAGGCUUUACAAAGGGAGAUUCAAGCUGCAUUUCGUACAGAUGAAAUUCGAAGGACUCCUCCUACCCCACAAGAUGAGAUGAGGGCAGGAAUGAGCUACUUUCAUGAGACUAUCUGGAAAGGUGUACCAAAGUUUUUGCGCCGGGUUGACACAGCUCUGAAGAACAUUGGAAUAAAUGAACGGGUCCCAUAUAAUGCCCCACUUAUUCAAUUCUCUUCUUGGAUGGGAGGAGAUCGCGAUGGCAACCCCAGGGUAACUCCUGAAGUUACAAGGGAUGUGUGUUUGCUGGCUAGAAUGAUGGCUGCUAAUUUGUACUUCUCUCAGAUUGAGGAUCUCAUGUUUGAGUUAUCUAUGUGGCGCUGCAAUGAUGAGCUACGGGUUCAUGCUGAAGAACUCCAUAGCUCCUUAAAGAGAGAUGCAAAACAUUAUAUUGAGUUUUGGAAACAGAUUCCUCCAAAUGAGCCAUAUCGCGUUAUUCUUGGUGAUGUAAGGGACAAACUUUAUAAUACACGAGAACAUGCUCGGCAGUUAUUAGCCAAUGGGAGUUCUGAAAUCCCUGAAGAGACUACCUUCACAAAUGUUGAACAGUUCCUGGAGCCUCUUGAAUUAUGUUAUAGGUCACUGUGUGCAUGUGGUGAUCAACCAAUAGCUGAUGGAAGCCUUCUUGAUUUCUUACGGCAAGUUUCAACAUUUGGGCUUUCACUUGUGAGACUUGAUAUCCGUCAAGAGUCAGAUAAGCACACUGAUGUUAUGGAUGCGAUUACAAACCACCUGGAGAUUGGAUCUUAUCGAGAAUGGUCUGAGGAACGCAGGCAGGAAUGGCUGCUGUCUGAACUCAGUGGAAAGCGCCCUCUCUUUGGCCCUGAUCUUCCUAAAACAGAAGAAAUUACUGAUGUUUUGGAAACCUUCCAUGUCAUUGCAGAACUUCCUUCAGAUAAUUUUGGGGCCUAUAUCAUCUCAAUGGCAACGGCCCCAUCUGAUGUGCUUGCUGUAGAACUUUUACAACGUGAAUGCCAUGUGAAGCAGCCAUUAAGGGUUGUCCCAUUGUUUGAAAAGCUUGCUGAUCUUGAGGCUGCUCCUGCUGCGGUAGCUCGACUGUUCUCUAUUGAUUGGUACAGAAACCGUAUCAAUGGGAAACAAGAAGUUAUGAUAGGAUACUCAGACUCAGGAAAAGAUGCUGGUCGUCUCUCUGCAGCUUGGGCACUGUACAAGGCUCAAGAAGAGCUCAUACAGGUUGCAAAGGACUUUGGGGUUAAACUUACAAUGUUCCAUGGCAGAGGAGGGACUGUGGGAAGAGGAGGAGGUCCCACUCAUCUUGCUAUAUUAUCCCAACCACCAGAUACUAUUCAUGGCUCACUUCGGGUAACAGUGCAAGGUGAAGUUAUUGAACAGUCAUUUGGAGAGGCACACUUGUGCUUCAGAACACUUCAGCGUUUCACAGCUGCUACACUUGAGCAUGGAAUGCACCCUCCUGUGUCGCCAAAACCAGAAUGGCGUGCCCUCAUGGAUGAGAUGGCUGUCAUUGCAACAAAGGAAUAUCGCUCUGUUGUUUUCCAGGAACCUCGUUUCGUUGAAUACUUCAGAUGUGCAACUCCUGAGUUGGAAUAUGGAAGAAUGAACAUUGGCAGCCGUCCAUCAAAAAGAAAGCCAAGUGGAGGAAUUGAAUCACUCCGUGCAAUUCCCUGGAUCUUUGCUUGGACUCAAACAAGAUUUCAUCUGCCUGUAUGGCUUGGCUUUGGGGCGGCAUUUAGGCAUGUAAUUGAGAAGGAUCCAAAGAAUCUCCAAAUGCUUCAAGACAUGUAUAACCAAUGGCCUUUCUUCAGGGUCACCCUUGACUUGGUUGAGAUGGUGUUUGCCAAGGGAGACCCUGGGAUUACUGCCCUUUAUGACAAACUCCUCGUGUCAGAGGAACUGUGGCCGUUUGGAGAGCGUUUAAGGUCUAAAUAUGAAGAAACCAAGAGCCUUCUCCUCCAGGUUGCUGGACACAGAGAUCUCCUGGAAGGAGACCCCUACUUAAAGCAAAGACUUCGCCUUCGUGAUUCAUACAUCACGACCCUCAAUGUCUUGCAAGCCUACACAUUGAAGCGAAUCCGUGAUCCUGACUACCAUGUGAAGUUGAGGCCACAUUUGUCCAAAGAAGAAUACAUGGAAUCAAGCAAGCCAGCAGAUGAGCUUGUAAAACUCAACCCUACAAGUGAUUAUGCUCCUGGUCUGGAGGAUACCCUUAUUUUGACAAUGAAGGGUAUUGCUGCCGGCAUGCAAAACACUGGUUAAUCUGCCAUUGCCGUGUUCGUUUUCCCAUACAAUGUAAUGUUGUGGCUUUGGAUACUUGCAUUGUAACCUCUGCUGUCUACUAUAGAUGUGGACUAGCAUUAAAUAACAAUUACUCUAUAUUAUCAUACAAUAAAACAGGAUUUGGCUUAUGGCAAGGAUUUCAACUGC